GAUGUUUCAUUGUUAUUGUUUCCAGCAAGGCCAAGCCGGCUUUCCGACACUUUCCGUUUCAGUGAUUCAAGUGUUGUUGUUCUCAAGUUGCAGUCUGCUCUCACUGUCUCUUCCUCAGGUGGACCUGCAGCUUGUGAUCGGCUAAAUCUGCCUUUUUUUAUCGGACAUUGACCUCCUUGCUUGUCAGGAUCAUUUAAAGGUUGACUCAUACUACUCAUAGACUGCCCACCUGCCACAAUGCCUUCAGCUCUCGUGUUUUUGGCUGAAGGAGCGGAGGAGAUGGAGACUGUGAUCUCUGUAGAUGUUCUUCGACGUGCAGGGAUAGAUGUGACACUUGCAGGCCUGGGUGGCGACGGUCCUGUGUUGUGCAGUCGGAACGUGAGGCUGGUGCCCGACAAAAACCUGAAGCAGGCGCUGUCAGCAGCCCCCUAUGAUGUGCUUGUUCUCCCUGGGGGAGGAGGAGGAUCCAAGAAAUUAAGCGAGUCAGAAGAAGUCAGAAAAGCCUUGCUGGAACAAGAAAAUCGUGGUGGACUGAUAGCAGCUGUGUGUGCUGCCCCCACUGCCCUGCUGGCCCACGGGAUUGCCAAAGGAAAGAAAGUGACCUCUCACCCUAGUGUGGCUGACAAGUUGUCUGGCGACUAUUCCUACUCUGAGGACCGUGUGGUGGUGGACGGUAAACUCAUCACAAGCCGUGGGCCAGGAACUUGCUUUGAGUUUGCCUUGGCCAUAGUGACGGAAUUGAUGGGCAAAGAGAAGGCGGAAUCGCUGGUGGAUCCCAUGCUGGUCAAACUCUAAGUCUCAAUUUGAAUUAGUUCCCUUUGUUUGUUUUGGCUUUUGAGAGGCCUUGACCUUGAAUGGGAUAACGUUUUAAUAAAUUGAUUUUAAAUUCAAGUUGAUCCACAUCUUUGUGUUGGUACUCAUAUAUAUAAUGCACCAUUAUUUGUUCGAGGUAGAGACCUUCCUCUGAUGUUUUCUUUAUCCUGUGACAGUCAGACUAAUUGGGUUGUGUGGUUAGAGUUCAACUGAAAAAUCAUGUUUUUCAAUGUAACUUUGUAACAACUUUAUACUAGUUCUAGUACAAUGGAAUCCUGUUAUAACGAGAGGGAGGGGACUGGUGCGAAAUAUCUGUUUAAAGCAGGAUUCUCGUUAUAUAUAAGGGAUCCGGUAAUAAAUUCAAGUGAAAUGAUAAAGUUGGCACGUUCUGCUUGUCUGCGCAUGCCACAUCCUCCCCACUCAUUCGCUCCGGCCUUCAUUGUUGGCACACGUGAGCUCUCCCAUUCUUUGUUUGGCGAGUUCACCUUGUUUCUCAACUGGCGGAGCUUUACGUAUGUAUAAAUGGCCUAUGCGCUGUGCACAGAAGCAGCAAUAUUCCGCUAUAACCGACUUGCGUGUUUGAUUGGGCUUAGAUAGCAGUACAAAGAUAAAGAAGGGAACAAACACGGUUUUAAAAUAGUGUCUUUAUAACAGACUUCUCGCUAUUUCAGGACUCGUUAUAAGUGGACUCCACCGUAGUACAAUAAGUACUCUCGAGUUGUUAUUUUUCGACACUAUGUUAGUUUUGGGAAGAUGAUUUAGUUGACAUUACCCAGCUCCCAGCCCUGCUUUGUUACCAUUGUAAAUUUGUAUUUCUAAUACAUGUACUAGUAAUACACAUUAUUUUUACAUAUGUCUUUGAGAGGAACAUGUUUGAUGUCUGGUGCUGAAGUAAUACAAAUCUUCUAUCUUCCUCACUAGUGAGGGGCCUGCUUCAAUGGAAAUUUUAGUUUCUUUACUGGAACUUCUAUUUUCUUGGUCUUGUGUUAUUUGAAGAAUGGUGGGUCCCCCACUUCUUUACUGUUCAGUGCGAUACUUGGCCUUGUCUUUCGUUGUUACUGACACUGACAGUAGACUUACUUUCAUGUUACCAUACAAAGUUGAAUAAAAUUUGUCAAACAAGUGAA